AUGGCGAGGACACUGGGGCCACUGGCUUCAGCUGCCGAGUACGAUGAGAUGCUUGCCGAUCUUGUUGCUUCUGGUGUGAUCAGCGACGAGAAGAUGGCAUAUUUCGAUGUCCGGCCAUCAUCGAAGGAGUCAACAGUGGAGUUGCGAAUUUGCGACAGUUGCCCCAUUGUCAAUGACGGCGUACUUAUUGCCGGUCUAUUCCGUGCCAUGGUGCGAGCAGCGGAGCAGGAUAUUGAAGCAGGGGUGAGGUUUCAGCCUCGACCAAUACCUAUAUAUCGCGCCUCCAUGUGGCAAGCCGCUCGUGGUGGCCUCUCUGGCAAACUUCUUGAUUCCUCGCCUCAUGCCAAACCGAAAGAUGCCGCCACGGUAAUACGCGCCAUGGUGGAUCGUCUGCGUCCCCAGUUGGAGGAAGCUGGCGACUGGGACGAGAUAGUUGAGCUGCUUGAGACAGUCCUUACCCGUGGCAAUUCUGCCGACCGACAGAGGACUGCAUUGGCCGACCAUGGUGAUCUCAAUGAUGUGAUGCGGUCAGUCAUCGACGAGACUCGCUCGCCUGCCGCGGGUCCAGAGCCUGAGUCCCCGCCAAUCCCUGGUUAUCGGGUUCGCGCUGGUGACGAGGCCAUACUACGAACCGGGGAACCGAAACCUGCUUAUCGCCCAAUACUAAACUGGUUACGAGAGCAAAAUGCGGAUUUCAUUCGUGGUCGUUUCGAAGCUAGAGACAAGUGGGUUCGAGAACAUGGAUUGACGUUCAGCGGUGGCAGCGACGACGCGUUUGACAUAGACCUGGUGCCUCGUGUGAUUCAGGGACAUGACUGGGAGGAGCUCUCUCAAGGCCUUACUCAACGAGCUCGCGCACUGGAGCUAUUCAUACGGGACAUGUAUGGUGAGCAACGCGCAGUCAAAGACGGCAUUCUACCCGAUGAGUUUGUCCAAGACAUUGCCGGCUGGCGCGCAGAGGCUUCUCGCAUUCCUGCCGGCAGUGUACGCGCGGGAAUACAAGGAUUCGACUUGGUGCGUAAUGAAUUCGGAGGCUGGCGCAUCUUAGAAGAUAAUUUGCGCUGUCCUAGUGGCAUGGCAUAUGGCACAUCUGCGAGGGAGAUGCUAAACGAGAUAAUGCCUGAUAUGCCAAGACUAGAAGGCUUGAUUGAUCCUAGGAAUGCCUUCAAACAACUUCGAGAAACACUUCUAUCUGGUUUGGGUCUAGAUGGUACAGCGGUGCUUCUUACGAAUGGGCCCGAGAAUUCUGCUUGGUUUGAGCACAAGACUUUGGCUGAUGGAGCUGGAUUACUUCUUGUACAAGCAAAUGAUUUGAAUCGAUCAGGGGAUCGCAUUGUGCACGGGGAGACAGGUCGCAACAUCGACGCCAUAUACCUUCGUCUUGAUGACCCACUGAUAGAUGCAUCUAAGAAGGACGGGCAGAGCAUCGGCGCUGACAUUCUUGACAUCGCCGCCGCGGGCAAGGUGAGAAUUAUCAACCCUCCGGGCAAUGGAGUUGGCGACGACAAGGCCGUCUAUGCAUUUGUGCCCGAGCUCAUUCGCUAUUAUCUCAAUGAGAGUCCACUGUUAGAGCAAGUGCCAACCUAUCGCACUCAAGACCCCGAUGAGCGCCGCAUCGUCCUCGAACGGGUCGGACAACUGGUCACCAAGCCGGUUGAUGGAUUCGGUGGAGCCGGAGUGCUUGUUGGGCCGUCAGCGUCCGCGGCCGAGUUGGCUGAACGGCGAUCCGCCAUCCCAGAACACCCAGACGCUUGGGUUGCGCAGGAAGUGGUAUCGCUGUCGUCACAUCCAACCUUUGACGAUGCUAAGCUUGCACCACGGCAUCUUGACCUUCGCGUAUUUGUCUUCCUCACAGGCACUGAACCGGGCGAUGCGCGGCUUGCGGAUGUUGCCCUGACAAGAGUGGCCCCGCCUGGCAGUUUGGUAGUCAAUUCAUCUCGUGGCGGCGGUGGCAAGGACACUUGGAUCAUUGCUCAGAAUGCGGGGGGUCGUUUGCAAGGCAACGGUAAAGUUCACUAA